AUGGCAGCUCUGGCGAAAAACAAGUUCCUGGGGCCGACUAGUGACGGGGCACAGGUGUCGGCGAUUACCCAUGACGUCACAUGCACCACGCCCCCAGACGCGGUCAAGGGAACGUCAAACCUGGGCGCCAAAUUCAAAUUGGCGGCCAUCUUGAGCGGGCGGCAUCCCGGCGAGCGGCGCGGCUGGGAGGUGGGGGCGUCCGCUUCGUUGGUCUCGGGAUCCAAGGGUCAGGACGCUAUGAAGCCUGGCUGCAAAAGACCAUCAGAAUCUGAUCAUUUUUCUCAUAACCUGAGAGGAGUAAUCCCACGAAGUUUUGACUUUAUCUUUUCCUUAAUUGAUUGUGAAAAAGAGAAGGAUGGAGCUGGAAAGAGUUUCCUUUGUAAGUGUUCCUUUAUUGAAAUAUACAAUGAGCAGAUAUUUGACCUACUGGACUCUGCAUCAGCUGGACUGUACUUAAGAAAAGUCUUUGUUGGUGGUGUGGUGGAACAGGUGGUAACCUCAACUGCUGAAGCCUAUCAGGUGUUGUCCGGAGGAUGGAGGAACAGACAUGUGGCAUCGGCAUCAAUGAAUAGAGAAUCCUCUAGGUCUCAUGCAGUCUUUACACUUACGAUAGAGUCAAUGGAGAAAAGCAAUGAGACUGUGACUAUAUGGACCUCCCUGUUCAACCUGGUGGAUUUAGUAAGAUCUGAAAGGCAAAAAGGUACACAUGCAGAAGGGACGAGGUUGAAGGAAGCAGGUAACAUAAACCGAUCAUUGAGCUGCCUGAGCCAAGAAAUCACCGCACUUGUUGAUGUGGGUAAUGGAAAACAGAGACAUGUUUGCUAAGACUCCAAACUUACCUUCUUUCUACGGGAUUCCCUUGGAGGUAAUGCCAAAACAGCCAUAAUUAGAAAUGUUCAUCCUGGAUCCAGAUGUUGUGGGGAAACCCUAUCAACACUUAAUUUUGCCAGAGCCAAGCUGAUUAAAAACAAGGCAGUGGUAAAUGAAGACACCCAAGGAUGUGUGAGCCAGCUCCAAGAUGAAGUGAAGAGACUCAAAGAACAACUGGCCCAGAUUACUUCAGGGCAGAUAAUACCAGAAAGCUUUCUGACUAGAGAUACAGAGAAGACUAAUUACAUGAAGUAUUUUCAGGAGGCAAUGUUAUUCUUUAAGAAAUCUGAACAAGAAAAGAAGUCUCUGGCAGAAAAAGUCACCCAAUUAGAAGACCUCACCCUCAAAAAGGAAAAAUUUAUUCAAUCUAAUAAAAUGAUUGUGAAAUUUCGAGAGGAUCAAAUAAUACGCCUAGAGAAGCUCCAUAGGGAAUCCCGGGGAAGUUUUCUGCCUGAGGAGCAGGAUCGUUUACUCUCAGAAUUAAGGGAUGAGAUUCAAACUCUGCGACAACAAAUAGAGCACCACCCCAGAGUUGCAAAGUAUGCUAUGGAAAAUCAUUCCCUCAGGGAAGAGAAUAGAAGACUGAGAUUGUUAGAGCCUGUGAAGAGAGCCCAAGAAAUGGAUGCCCAGACCAUUGCAACACUAGAAAAAGCUUUCUCUGAAAUAUCUGGCACAGAGAAAAUUGACAAAACUCAGCAAAGAUUUUCUGCUAAAGCUCCAAAAGAACCAUGUUCAUUUGCAAACACUGAGAGGUUAAAAGCACAACUUCUGCAAAUUCAGACAGAGCUGAAUAAUUCAAAGCAAGAAUAUGAAGAAUUCAAAGAACUAACUAGGAAAAGGCAGCUAGAAUUGGAAUCAGAGCUUCAGUCUUUGCAAAAAGCAAACCUUAAUCUUGAAAAGCUUUUGGAAGCAACAAAAACCUGCAAGCGGCAAGGAGUUUGUCAGCUGAAUAAAAUUCAUUCUGAAACACUUAAGAUUAUAACCACACCAACCAAGGCAUAUCAACUUCAUUCUCUACCAGUACCAAAAUUAAGCCCUGAAAUGGGGAGCUUCAGCUCUAUAUGCACUCAGAAUUCUAGCAGAUUAGAUAAUGAUAUAUCAAGCGAGCCAGUUCCACCUGAGAUGAAUGAGCAAGCUUUUGAGGCCAUUUCUAAAGAGCUUAGAGCAGUGCAGGAACAAAUGAAUGCUCUUCAAGUACAGUUGGAUGAGGAAGAGCAUAAAAACCUAAAGCUUCAGCAGCAUGUUGACAAACUGGAACAUCAUUCUGCCCAAAUGCAGGAGCUUUUCUCAUCAGAAAGAACUGAUGGGACCAAACAGCAGCAAGAACAUCUCUCACAGAUGAAUAUUCUUGAAAAGCAGCUUCGAGACUCUCAAACUAAGAAUGACUUUUUGAAAAGUGAGGUGCAUGAUCUGCGAGCAGUUCUUCAUUCUGCUGACAAGGAGCUUUCUUUGUUGAAAUUGGAAUAUAGUUCAUUCAAAGAGAGUCAAGAGAAAGAACUCAACAAACUUUCUGAAAAACCCAUGCAUAUACAGCUUCAACUAGAUAACGUCAGAUUAGAAAAUGAAAAGCUGCUUGAGAGCAAAGCCUGCCUACAGAAUUCCUAUGACAACUUACAAGAAGUAAUGAAGUUUGAAAUUGACCAACUUUCAAAAAAACUCCAAAACUGCAAAAAAGAAAAUGAAACUCUGAAAUCUGAUAUGAAUAAUUUGAUGGAGCUUUUCGAGGCAGAAAAAGAACGCAGUAACAAAUUGUCAUUACAGUUUGAAGAAGAUAAAGAAAGCAAUUCUAAAGAAAUCUUAAAAGUUCUUGAGACUGUAUGUCAAGAGAAACAGAAAGAGAUGGCUAAGUGUGAGCAGCAGAUGGCAAAAAUACAGAAACUAGAAGAGAGCUUGCUUGCUACUGAAAAAAUGAUCAGUUCUCUGGAAAAGUCUAGGGAUGCUGACAAGGAAGUUAUAGCUGACCUCAUGAACCAGAUCCAGGAGCUAAGAACAUCUAACUGUGAGAAAACAGAAACCAUAGAAACCCUGAAACAAGAACGGAAGGACAUAAAUUGCAAAUACAACUCUGCUUUGGUUGACAAAGAAGAGAGCACAAGAGUGUUGAUUAAGAGACAGGAAGAGGAUAUUCUGGAUCUGAAAGAAACCCUUAGGCUGAGAAUACUCUCUGAGGACAUAGAGAGGGAUAUGCUUUGUGAGGACCUGGCACAUGCCACUGAGCAGCUAAACAUGCUCACAGAGGCUUCGAAAAAACACUCAGGGCUGCUGCAGUCUGCCCAGGAAGAACUGACCAGGAAGGAGGCCUUGAUCCAAGAACUUCAGCACAAGCUAAACCAAAAGAAAGAGGAAGGAGAAAAGAAGAAGAAUGAAUAUAACUUCAAAAUGAGGCAACUAGAACAUGUGAUGGAUUCUGCCACUGAAUAUCCUCAGAUGCGAUUUUAUUUGAGUCCUAAAACACCACCUCACUUUCAAACACAUUUGGCAAAACACCGGGAAGCACAAGAACAACAGAUAGAAGAUGGAAGAGCCUCUAAGACUUCUUUGCAACAUCUUGUAACAAAACUAAAUGAAGACAGAGAAGUCAAAAAUGCUGAAAUCCUCAGAAUGAAGGAGCAGUUGUGUGAAAUGGAAAAUCUAUGCCUGGAAUCUCAGCAGUUAAGAGAGAAAAAUUGGCUCCUUCAAGGUCAGCUGGAUGAUAUUAAAAGACAAAAGGAAAACAGUGAUCAGAAUCAUCCAGACAAUGAACAGCUGAAGAGUGAACAAGAAGAGAUUAUCAAAGAAAGAAUUGCUAAAAGUAAAAUAGUUGAAGAAAUGCUGAAAAUAAAAGCAGAACUAGAAGAAGUCCAAAGUGUCCUUCACAACAAAGAGAUAGACUGCCUUAGAAUGAUUGAGGAAGUUGAACGAACCAGAACUUUGGAGUCUAAAGCAUUCCAGGAAAAGGAACAACUAAGAUCAAAGAUGGAAGAAAUGUAUGAAGAAAGGGAGAGAACAUUCCAAGAGAUGGAAAUAUUAAGGAAGCAGGUGGAAUAUCUUGCUAAGGAAAAUGGAAAGUUGGUAGGUCACCAAAACCUGCAUCAGAAGAUUCAAUACGUAGUGCGACUGAAGAAGGAAAAUGUCAGACUUGCUGAGGAGAUUGAAAAGUUGCAUGCUGAAAAUGUAUUUUUAAAAGAAAAGAAAAAGAAUGAAUUAUAA